AAUAUAUCAAUCAGCCACCACCAAUUUUGUUUUUGAUUGUUGUGUCAUGUUUUGAAAUUUGAUAAACUCAUUUAAUUUUGUUUAAUUUAUAUGAAUUUUAGUUUGACUAAAAAUUAAUUAUAAAGACAAUGUCUUCUUGUGAGCAACUUCUCGCCCUUCGUGGGUCAAAAGGUAUAAAAAUCUGCAAGUCUCCACCCUUGAAUGGAGAAGAUGUGUCAUUUCCUAAGGUGGAAAAUCCCACUUGUAGAGAUAUGUCUUUUACCUUAGAUGGAAAAUUGAUGUCUUGGUGUACAAGUCAAGGUACCUCUGUUGUUGAAAGCUCUAACUACCAAGCAUUAUUCAAAGUGGAUGACCCUCGUGUUUCUCUAAUUCAUUUUUCUUCAAAAGGAAACUACUUGUCUACAUGGACUCCGUAUUCAGCUAAACAGAACCAGCAAGAAAGCUGUAAUCUUCAUAUUUGGGAUAUAGCAUCAGGAAAAUGUAUUAAAUCUUUUAUACAGAAAAAACAGAUAGGAUGGAAUCCCCAGUGGUCUGAUGAUGAAUUUUUAUGUGCUAGAAAUGUGAAUAAUGAAGUUCACUUUUUUGAGAAAGCAAACUUUGAUACCAUUUCAAAGAAGAUUUUCCUGCAGAAAGUAGCCUAUUUUAGUUUAGCACCAGGGAACCCACCCUAUCACUUGGCUUGUUUCGUACCUGGAGUAAAGGGCCAGCCAUCUUUCGUUCGAUUGUUUAAAUAUCCAGAUUUUGAAGGACCCAAUUCCAUAAUUGCACAGAAAAGUUUUUUUAAGGCUGAAAGAACAGAUUUCUAUUGGAAUAAAACAGGAAAAGAUUGCAUUUUCUUAACAUCUGUUGAUGUAGACAAAAGUGGUGCAUCUUAUUACGGUGAGCUGAAUCUCUAUUAUGCAUCAGUCAAAGGUGACACAGCCAAACUUACAUUAGGAAAAGAUGGACCAGUUUACAGUGUUAAGUGGAACCCUAGCUCAACUGAAUUUUGUGUUGUAUAUGGUUAUAUGCCUGCCAAGGCAACAAUAUAUAAUUUAAAAUGUGAGCCUGUGUUUGACUUCGGCGCAGGGCCAAGAAAUGAAGUUGCAUACUCUCCCUUAGGAGACAGAUUAUCUCUUUCUGGCUUUGGUAAUCUUAAUGGUUGGAUUGAAGUGUGGGAUUUAAAAAUGAAGAAACAAAUUUCUAAAUUUCAAGCCCAAGAUUCAACUUUAAUUGAAUGGAGUUAUGAUGGAGAAUUUAUAUUAACUGCUACCACAUCUCCUAGAUUGAGAAUAGGAAAUGGCUACCGUGUAUGGCAUUAUACUAGCAGUCUGCAACAAGAGAUAUUUUUAGAUGCUAAUGAUGAAUUGUAUGAUAUUCGAUGGGUGCCAGUUCCUGAAGGAAAGUUUAAAGCUAAGCCCACAAAAUUGACACCUGUACCUGGUAUCCAAUCAGCCUCUCCUCAAAUAUCAAAAGAAGUGUACAGGCCACCUGGUGCACAAGGUAAACAGGCAAGUUUUAAACUUCAUGAUGAAGAAGAUUCUAAAACUUCUACAAAUGAUCCAUCUGGUGGCAUGUCAAAGAAUAAGAAGAAAAAUCUAGCUAGAAAAGCCAAAAAGGAGAACGAAAAAUCAGUUACAAAUGAUGAGAGACUAGAUGUGUCUGAUAAGAAUGAAUCUACAAAUGCCAUACAGUUCACUGGUGAUCCAGAGAAAGAUAAGAAAAUUAAAUCACUUAUGAAGAAAUUAGAGCAAAUAGAAAAGCUAAAAAAGGAUCAAGCCGCCGGUAAAAAACUAGAAUUAAAUCAAUUGGAAAAAAUCAAGAAAGUUGGUGAGCUAGAAGAUGAACUGGAAAAACUUAGAUUAGGAUGACUUCUAUAGAAGCCGUGAUUAUGCUGUUUGUGAUCUUCUAAUGAUUGAAGAAGAACAUGAGAUAUUUAUUUUGUGUAAAAGUUCCAUUGGAAGAUAUCUUCUUGUUUAUUGAAUUUCUAAUCAUUUUUUAGAUACAUCUUCAGCUUUUAUAUUUAAUAAAGUUUUUAACAAACUGUUA